AUGAGGGACAAACCAGCAAGAUUUGGCCUCAAGGAAUUUACUUUGGCUGACUCUGAAAAUGGCUAUGUGUUAGACAUAAUUGUUUAUACAGGCAAGGAAUGUGGACAACAGUCUAAAGGUUUAGCUCAAAGAGUUGUUUUGAAACUUGUGGAACCAUUUUAUGGACUAGGAUACAAUAUAUUUAUGGAUAAUUACUACACCUCAGUUCAACUUUUUGAGAAUCUUUAUGAUCAGGGUCUUCAAGCCUGUGGAACAUGUCGGGGGGAUCGGAUCGGUCUUCCUCGAGAUGUAACAACAUCGACCUCUGCUACUGUAAAGAGGAUGAAACGUGGUGAAGCAAUUUUUCGGCAAAAACAUCACCUCACUUGUGUGACAUGGAAAGACAGAAAACCUGUGACUAUUCUGACAACUUUACCAGCUAAUGAAGAAAUGGGAGUUGCUGAAAGGUCAGUGCGAGAAGCAAACGUCUGGCAUAGGAGAGACUUUGCCUGUCCCAUACCAGUGCAACAAUACAAUUUACACAUGGGUGGUGUUGAUGUUGCAGACCAGAGGACAACUGCCUAUGCAAGGCUCAUGAAAGGCUGGACAUGGUAUCUAAAACUCUUCUAUCAUUUCUUGGAGGUGUCAGUUUUGAAUGCAUAUCUUGUUUACUGCAAGGGAAAAGAUGAUGAUCAACCAGAUCUGAGCAUGAUGGAUUUCCGGAUUCUGGUAAUCAGAGGUUUACAUGGUGGAAGGAGCUACAAGAUUACCCCCACAGCUGCUGCACCUCAAAUAUCAAGAUUGAAUCUGUCUUUGGGACACUUCCCAGUCAAAGUUGACAAACGGUGUGCUUGUAAAGUUCACCUGCAGCGAGUGUUGACUUCAUACAAGUGUGGACUGUGUGGAGUCCACAUGUGCCCCAGCCCUUGUUUUGAGAAGUACCACACCCUCCAAGACUAUUUGUAUGAUGACCCUGAAUAUGGAGCUGCAACCCCACGUCUGAAACCUCAGAAUCCUGGCAGGCCUUUUGCUAGAGGAAGACCUAGGCAGAAGAGGCAGUGA